AUGAGGAUGAGGCAGCUGCUGCUGCGCUAUUUUAAUAAAGGAAUUAUUCUGGAGUAUGAACAAGGUGGUGAGCCAAAGACCAGAUGUAUAGAUGUACUUGAUCUUAGACCUGGCACAGACGCUAUAGCCUUAGUAGAACAAAUUCAAAAAGCAGAACCUCUCAUCACUGCUUUGCGCAAGGAGCAUGUCAUACAUUUAGUACGAAGAUUGCAAGAGAUGCUAGGAGAAAAGGAGGACCACAAGUUCUACCUUUUUAAGGUACUUAGAGCACAUAUAUUGCCACUGACUGAUGUAGCAUUUAACAAAUCUGGUUCUCGCUUUAUCACUGGAAGCUAUGACAGAACCUUCAAAGUAUGGGAUACUGCCUCAGGAAAGGAGCUACGUACGCUGGAGGGACACAGAAAUGUUGUCUAUGCAAUAGCUUUCAAUAAUCCCUAUGGUGACAAGAUUGCCACUGGAUCUUUUGAUAAAACCUGCAAACUGUGGAGCGUGGAAACAGGAAAAUGUUACCAUACUUUCAGAGGACAUAAUGCAGAAAUAGUAUGUUUAUCAUUUAAUCUUCGGAGCACAUUGGUGGCAACUGGAAGCAUGGAUACCACUGCCAAAUUAUGGGAUAUAGAGAAAGGAGAAGAAAUAGUUACUUUGAGUGGCCACUCAGCAGAAAUUAUUGCAUUGUCUUUCAACACCACUGGAGAUAGGAUUGUCACUGGCUCCUUUGACCAUACAGUACGAGUGUGGGAUGUUGGCACCGACAGACUUCAGUGGUCCAUGUUCUAUGUGGACAUUUGUAUUCACAUUUUAGAAGUUUUCCAGCAGAAACCAUUAAAAAGAUCAGCAAGAGUCUAUAAUGAAGAAACAAAAAAGUGCAUUGCAAAGCUAGAAGGGCAUGGAGGUGAAAUUUCAAAGGUAUGUUUCAACCCUAAAGGCAAUCAUGUACUAACAGCCAGCUCUGAUAAAACAGCUCGACUCUGGAAUGCUGAUACUGGACAGGGCCUUCAGAUAUUAGAAGGUCAUACUGAUGAGAUAUUCUCCUGUGCUUUCAAUUACAAAGGCAAUAUAAUCAUUACAGCAAGCAAGGAUAACACCUGUAGAACGUGGCACUGA